UGUGUAGAGACUGAAAUUCCAAGUCCGUUAUAUCCCAGCCCCCUCUCUAUAUAAUGAGCAAGAACCUUGUGCAGUAAAGUGCAAGUUCGUUGGGUUAUCUACUGUUUAUUUCAGUAUAUUCUUGUCUAAUUGAGAUUGAGGUUGUUGCUAGUGAUCUCUGGGCUCAAUGAGUCACCGUGUUAGCGACGAUGUUGUGGACAGGGUCACAGAGGAAAUCCGAAGUGGGCAUUCUUCUCGUCGACAUGUGCCAUAUAUUUACAAGGUGGGAGCUCCUCCUAAGCAAAGUCUUCUCAAAGAGAUCAAAGAUUCUCUGAUGGAAACUUUCUUUUCAGACAAGCCCUUAAGCCACUUCAAGGACCAACCUGCAUCCAGAAAAUUUGUUCUUGGCCUGCAAGCAGUUUUCCCAAUUCUUGAAUGGGCAAGAGGCUAUAAUCUUAGUAAAUUUAAAGGGGAUCUCGUUGGUGGACUUACCAUUGCAAGUCUCUGUAUUCCUCAGGAUAUUGCAUAUGCAAAGCUGGCAAAUUUGAAACCUCAAUAUGGACUGUACACCAGCUUUGUGGCUCCUCUUGUCUAUGCUUUCAUGGGAAGCUCCAGAGAUAUAGCCAUAGGACCAGUGGCUGUGGUAUCCCUUUUACUUGGGACCAUGCUGACGGAUGAGAUUAGUAACUACAAAAGUCAUGACUAUCUUCGUCUUGCAUUUACUGCCACCUUUUUUGCAGGAAUCACUCAACUGGCACUUGGAGUUCUCAGGCUUGGUUUCUUGAUUGACUUCUUAUCUCACGCUGCCAUUGUGGGCUUCAUGGCUGGAGCUGCUGUUACUAUAGCCUUGCAGCAGCUUAAAGGAUUGCUUGGCAUAAAAAGCUUCACCAAGAAGACUGACAUAAUUUCUGUCAUGCGCUCAGUUUGGACAAACGUGCACCAUGGGUGGAAUUGGCAGACAAUAGUCAUUGGAUUAGCAUUCUUGGCUUUCCUCCUUGCAACUAAGUAUCUGGCUAAAAAGAAGAAGAAACUCUUUUGGGUGUCUGCACUUGCUCCUUUGGUGUCUGUUAUACUGUCCACCUUUUUUGUCUGCAUUACUCGUGCUGACAAGGAAGGUGUUGCAAUUGUGACCCACAUAGAAAAGGGAGUGAAUCCAUCAUCUGUUAGUGAAAUCUUUUUCAGCGGAAAAUAUCUUGGCCCUGGUAUUCGGAUUGGUGUGGUAUCUGGUUUGAUUGCACUCACGGAAGCUGUAGCAAUUGGGAGAACGUUUGCUGCUAUGAAAGAUUAUCCUUUGGAUGGUAACAAAGAAAUGGUGGCAAUGGGAACAAUGAAUAUUGUUGGUUCCCUCACAUCUUGCUAUGUAGCAACAGGAUCUUUUUCACGCUCAGCAGUGAACUACAUGGCUGGCUGUCAAACUGCUGUAUCAAACAUCGUUAUGUCCAUUGUUGUGUUAUUAACCUUGGUGUUCAUUACACCACUGUUUAAGUACACCCCAAAUGCAGUGCUUGCUUCUAUUAUAAUAGCGGCUGUGGUAAGCCUUGUUGACAUUGAUGCGGUCAUUCUGCUAUGGAAGAUUGACAAAUUUGAUUUUCUAGCCUGCAUGGGAGCCUUCUUUGGUGUGAUCUUCAAAAAUGUUGAGAUUGGCCUUCUUAUUGCGGUGGCCAUAUCAUUUGCUAAAAUCCUUUUACAAGUGACAAGGCCGAGGACUGUGGUACUUGGGAAACUUCCAGGGACCACUGUGUACAGGAACAUCAAUCAGUACCCAAAUGCUGCACAAAUUCCCCGAAUACUGAUUAUUAGAGUUGACUCUGCCAUCUACUUCUCAAACUCCAACUAUAUCAAGGACAGAAUUCUGAGAUGGCUGCAAGAUGAAGAUGAGCGAAGGAAAGGAAGUUGUUUACCGACAAUACAAUAUGUGCUUAUUGAAAUGUCACCUGUUACUGACAUUGACACUAGCGGCAUCCAUGCCUUUGAAGAUUUGUACAAGAGCCUUCUGAAGAGAGAGGUCCAGCUUCUGUUGGCAAAUCCUGGGCCAAUUGUAAUGGAGAAGCUCUAUGAAUCCGAGUUAGCGAACAUGAUUGGGGAAGACAAGAUAUUUCUAUCAGUGGCUGAUGCUGUUGCAACUUUUCGUUCAAAAGCUGAAGAACAAGUAUGAUAGGUUCAUAUUUGACAGUAUGAUUCUAUUCAUAAGGUGUCAAUAGUUGCUCGAGAGAUUAGCUGUAAAUAGUGUUUCAUGAUUACUUGGUCAACCAUAUAGUCCAGGUCCUUCCCAUGUAGCAUAUGCUGUAGUCUUCUUUUGUUAUUUCGCUUUCUUUUUCCAAAAGAUGUGUACAUUCAUGGGACUCAAAAGGAAGAUCAUGCAUUAAGGUUCAUGUAAUAUUUGUUCUGUUUAACGUUUUGUAUUUACUUUCUAUAGUACCAGUUGGAGUGAAAGAUAAAAUAAGUUUGGGAAUUUCCAUUCUCUUUA